UGCUUGCUUGCGGGUCUGAGUCCGCUCGACAACAAUCGGAGGGAGGUUGCGUUAACGGUCCGACCGUUUCGGAACCCUUUCGAAUUCCAGUUGGAACGGCGCGGGGAGAAGCUCGUGCCGGGAUUCGGCGCCGCCAGUUCCCAUCGCAGAGGGAGGAAAGAAACAGGGAGAAUGAGCAGAAGUUACAACAAGUCCGGCACGCUGAGGUGUUUGGAUAGGGUGGCGGUGGAAGUGAAGAGUAAGUUUGGGGCAGAAUUUCGAAGAUUUUCCCUCAGCCGCUAUAAACCUGGAAAGUUUGCUGAAUUCUACAGCCUAAUUAUUCAUACACAUAACAUUUUGAACAUGGAUAUAUUAAUUGGAUAUGCUGAUGUCCAUGGUGACCUGCUGCCAAUCAACAAUGAUGACAACUUCUGCAAAGCCAUUUCCAUGGCAAAUCCAUUGCUAAGGAUUUUUGUACAACGAAAAGAAGAGGUCGACUACAAUCUCUUUGGCACAGAUUCAUUGACGCGAAAGAAAAAGCCUUUGGGAGGUCUCCGUAAUGAUACCCUCCGAAAACGAGUUCAGCUCAGCAUUAGUAUUCCUCAAGACUUCAGGCCUGUUUCUUCCAUUAUUGAUGUGGAUAUUUUGCCUGAAACUCACCGGAGAGUCCGAUUAUACAAACAUGGAUGUGAAAAACCUUUAGGGUUCUACAUACGAGAUGGCACAAGUGUGAGGGUGACAGCUCAUGGACUAGAAAAGGUUCCAGGUAUCUUCAUCUCACGGCUUGUACCUGGUGGUUUAGCUGAAAGUACAGGCCUCCUUGCUGUUAAUGAUGAAGUCCUCGAGGUGAAUGGGAUUGAGGUGAUGGGUAAAACGCUUGAUCAAGUUACAGACAUGAUGAUUGCGAAUAGUCACAACCUUAUCAUUACAGUAAAGCCAGUGAACCAGAGGAACAAUGUCAACCGCAGCAGUCGUAUGUCUGGUAGCUCUGGCCAUUCCAAUGACAGUACAGCCAGUCAUCAUAGUCUGCCCUCUGCCCAUAUGGUGCAGAACUAUAAUCCUGAAGAUGAAAGUGAUGAGGAAGCUGACAUUAUUAUUGAAGGCUGUAUUGAACCACAGAGCAUUUCAUUUAAAUCACCAUCUUCCUCCUUCACCAGUUCUCGAAAUAAUCUGAGUCAGAGACGGCAGAAGGAGCUGCCACUCAAUGGCUCCGUUAGAAAAACUAAUGGAAGUAUACUUAAAACAUUGAGUGCACUCAAAGCUGAGGCAAGGCAUAGCCUAGCUUUCAGUAGAGGAGGCAUUGAAGAGGAUGGAACAGUGAUUACACUUUGAAAUUUUGGUCUGGAUUGAUGAAAAGUGCCAACAGAGAACAAUGAACAAUUGAUGUGUUCAUUUCUACUUUUUUAAUUGCAAGCAUAUUUUUGGGAACAUUUCCCUUGUUUACUGGAAUUCAGUACCUUACAGGAUGUUCUUUCAAUUGCCUUCAAUGUAGAGGCUAAACCUAUUAUUCAGAUAUAGUUAAUAAGUGGAUGCCAACACAGAAGCUUAUUUUAAUGAUAGGAAAGCUUUUAAUAAAGUGUAUCAAAAGGUAUGACACCAAAUUAUUUUUAAACACAAUCAUGGAGAUCCUGUGAGCAAGAAUGAUUGUGUUAUGUAGCAUUACUUGCUGGAUAUAUUUGUUGCAAUAAUUGUGGGAGACCAAUUUAAUUAUUUUAAAUUCUUCAAAUAUCAGCCUGAUCCAGGACAUUGCAGUUGUUUAUCCAUGCAUAACCAAUAAAUUUUAGGUUGUUUAAAAUUAUUUUUAAUAGAUGUAACACUAGAAACUGAUAAUUGGGGGAUUAGCCACUUUAGUUAGAAUUUGCAAGCAUAAUAAUGUCCAAUCCAAUGUACAUCUGCAGUGUUUUGUGUUUGUAUCUUUUAUUGUUUGAAUAUGUUUGGAAUUUAGUCGCUGAAGAUAUUGAGAAUGUGUGUACAAUAUGUCUUUAAAAAUACACUUUGGAAUUAAAAAUAAUAUUGCCUUGUCAGCAAAUUAGAGACCACGGCCUUCGGCAGUUUGUAAUAAUUAAUAGGUAUUUAAGAGUGAUGUACACGGUGUUGAUAAUGCAAACAAAAUAAUUGAAAUUUACGGAACAGUUGAAGGCCAUUUGUCUCAUCCUGACAAGUAGCCAUCCAGCCUAAUCUAACUGUCCAAUUCUUAGCCAGUAAACCUAAGUGAUUUAUCUGCAUAUCCAAGAACUUUUUAAAUGUUAUAUCCUCAAACCACCUUUUUAAGAUCCUUCUUGAUCAGUCUAUUGAUGAAACAAUUCCUCCUCCAAGUUUUAUUUGAAUAAUUCAUGAGAUAUGGGUGUUGCUGGCUGGACCAGCAUUUAGCGCCUGGCCUUAGUUGCCUUUGAGAAUAAGGUGGUGAGCUGCUGUCUUGAAGUCCUUGUGCAUGCUAAAGAAUUCUCUCUAAAGCUACUGUCUAUUAUAAUAGAUAUUCCUUCUCAGACAUUAACUUCUCAACAAAAGGGGAAACGUCUUGUCUAGCUAGGUUCUUCAUAAAUUUAUACUCUGAAUUAGAUUUCUCUUUAGCCUCCUUUGUUCCAAAGUCAAUCCAAUCUUGCCUCAUAAUUAAUAUUCUCCAAUCCAGGCAAGAUCCUUGUUUAUAUCGUUUAUACCCUCUCAAGUGCAAUCACAUCUUUCUCCUGAUGUGGUGACAAGCUAUUGCUUAAACCUGCAUUUUAUACAGUUCCUGUAUGGUCUCGGGGCUUUUAUGUUUUUAUUGCUUGGAUAUAAAAGCAGUAUCCUGUUUGCCACCUUGAUCAUCUUGUUUACCUGUCCAGCCAUCUUCAGAGAUCUGUUGAUAUGCUGUCACAAAUUCCUCUGUACCUCUACACUUCAACAACAAGUAUUUAUUUCUUUCAGUAUCUCUGUAUUUAUUGUAAAUUCCUACUCCUUGUUAGUUUUCACCAAGUGCAUUACUUUAAUUCUCUGGACUGAAUUCAACUAUUCCCUAUUCUGCCCAGCUGAUCAGUCCAUUGAAAUCUUAUGUCCAUCUAUUGCAGGACUUGUCAAAGUGAGAGUCAGGGCUCCCACUGAGGUUAUAAGCUGACAUCAACACUUGAGUUCUGAGGCAGCAGUGCCACUGUGGUGCAUUGACCAGGUUAUAAUAGCUGUGCUUCCUCUUGGACUGGCCUCCAUGCCUUCAAUCAUUACUGAGGAAUCACACCAAUUUUUAAAGGGGUCACAAUGGGGAAAAGCUUGUGAAGCACUGUGUUACAGGCUCAUUAUCAACCCAGUCUCAUUACAAACCAGUUUUUGGAUCAUCAAUCACGUUAAUCGAGUGCUACAUUUAAGUUAAAUCAUUGUUAUAUAGUAUGAACACCAAAGGACUCAGUAAUGAGUCAUUCAAAACUCAGUGGAAGGAGUGUUCCAAUGUCUCAAACACCAACCAACUCAAUACUGUUUGCUUCCUGACUCUAAGCCAGUUUUGAAUCCAAUUAAUCACUUUCCCAUGAAUUUCGUGCUUUUUCUUUUGUCGUCUGCGAGGGCACCUUAUCAAAAACCUUGCUAAAAUCCAAACAGGUUACUUCAAAUGGCUACCCUAACUAAUCCUCCUUGUAGUCUUCUCAAAAACUUCAUUCAUGUUUGUCAGAAACAAACUUUCCUUCACAAAUGUCUUUAGUUAAUUUUGUCUUUCCAAAUGACUAUUUAUCCUGUGUCUCAGAAAUUUUCCAAUCUGUUUCCCACUACUAAGGUUCAGCUGACUGACCUAUAAUAACUUGGUGUAGCCUUUUUUUUUAAUACAGUGGUACAACGUUAUCUGUCCCCUCGCACCACACUUGUAGCCAGAGCAGACUGGAAAUUGAAGGCCUGAGUCUCAACUAUAUCUUCUCUAGUUUCCAAUAACAGCCAAGGACACAUCUCAUUUGGUUUGGGGGUGUUUCUGUCACAAUGGUAACAUCAUCUUAUAUUUAACAUUCCUCCUCCCUGGUUGCAGUGUGUGUCGUCCCUUCCUUUUGUGAAAACUGAUGCACAAUAUUGAUAAAGAACAAUACUAAAAUCAUUACUUUUUCAAUUAAUUGUUUUCAAUCCAAUUUAGCUAAAUCACAGUACAGUAAAAUUAGCUUUACAAAUGAGGAACUUUUUAUUUCUGAUAUUCCUUUAUUCUUUGCUUACCUUAACUCUAACUGAAUUGCUGUUUCUUCUACCGGUGUGCUCCUCAAUUGUUACCUCUUCUAUCUGUCCAGUUUUGUUCCCAAGACUGAGUCCAUAAAAUCUCCCCCCCUCGCUUGCUGUGUGCAGCAAGUUCUUCUAAAAUAGUUCUGAAUGCAUAUUUUAAAACCUUCUCUCUUCCUUUCACAAUAAUUCUAUCCUAGUUAUAUUGAAUAGUUGAAAUCUUCUACUAUUACUAUUGUUAUUUGCAGUUCUCAGAUUUGCCUACAUAUUUCCAAUUCUGUUUCCCCCUCGAAUGUAACGCACUCCUAUAGUAUGAUGGCCCCUAUUUUGUUUUUUCAUUCAGCCCAUAUGCUCUCAAUUGUGAUCCGUUUACCAUAUUCUUCUCUCUGUUAUUUCUUGGGUCAGUUUUGCCACGUUCUUCUCUGAAGCCUCCUCUGCAUUUUAUCUGAAAACUAUCUAGGAAUGUUGAGUUGCCAUUCCUGUCUUUCUUUUAGCCAUGUCUUAAAAGCUAUAAUAUCAUAUAUGAGGGUGGCACAGUGGCUCAGUGGUUAGCACUGCUAUCUCACAGCACCAGGGUCCCAGGUUCGAUUCCAGCCUCGCAUGACUGUCUUUGUGGAGUUUGCACAUUCUCUCCAUGUUUGCAUGGGUUUCCUCCGGGUGCUCCGGUUUCCUCCCACAGUCCAAAGAUGUGCAGGUCAGGUGAAUUGGCCAUGCUAAAUUGCCCGUAGUGUUAGGCGCAUUAGUCAGAGGGAAAUAGGACUGGGUGGGUUACUCUUCAAAGGGUCGGUGUGGACUAGUUAGGCCAAAGGGCCUGUUUCCAUACUGUAGGGAAUCUAACCUAAUAGCUAGAUAUUUCAAUGUGUUCUCAUCUCAACUGCCUUACUCUUUGGACAUCUUGCAUUGAAGUACAUUAUACAUUUAGUAUUGUCAAACUGCUUUGCUGUCUAUUUUCUAACACUGGUUUACUCCACCUUCUAAACAUGCUUACAAAUUUUCUGCCUUCCAUAUCCACCUUUAUUCUCUCCCUUCUGAAUUACUGUGUUAAAUUGCUUCAAUCCCUUCCCAGCAUCACUAUAAAAUCCCCAGCGAGGAUAUUAUUCCCAGCACUAUUGACAUAAAAUCAGUCUGACUUGUAAAGGCCCCACUCCAUUGCCCCAGGAAUCUGUUGUCCCUCCAGUAUCAAUCUUCUAGCCAUGUGUUCAUUCGUGCUAUCUUCUUAUUUCUCACCAGCACAUGACCCCAAGAGUAAAUUAGAGAUUACUACUUUUUGAGUUCCUAUUUUUCAGUUUCUCUUCCAGAAUCUAAACACUACUUUCAAAACAAAUAUUUUUCUACUUUAUACCUAAAAUUUGUACCUAGGUACCUUUUGUAUCUAUGAUAGCGCCAAGAAUGGUGACUUUGUAUACUUUUCACUGUACUCCUGUAUCCAUCUACUCGAGUACACGUAACGGUAAAAUAUAAUUCAGAUUUUUUCUGUCUGUCUCAUUUGUGCCGAUAUGGAUCAGGACCUGUUGCUGUACACCUACACCACUCAGCAGCAGCUCAGUGACACCUUUGACCCUGGCAGCAGGGAAGCAACAUACUUUCCAAAAAUGGCAAUAGCAGCUGCAAGAGUCCAGGUCUGUUUCCCUCCUUAUCAAAUCUGCAGCUACUAUUGCUCGUCUUGUCCUCCUGUUUCCCAAGUGAAGCUGAAUCAUUUGGGAUGUUGGUUGUUCCUGCACUUCACAGAUGAGCCAUUACCCAUCACUGUCACCAGUAUUCAAAAUUAAAUAUCGCUUGUAGGUUGAAAUGCAUUUCUGAGAUUCCUGCUCUGUCCCCCUUAUCCUUCUGGAAGUCAUCCAUUCCCUCUCUUCGAGCAUAUGUUUAAGUUAUGCUUUCCAAGUGGCUGCCAGCCUCAUGGAUCCCUCACGUUGACUCCAGCUGCUAGUCGAACCCUGGAGCUCAAGCUACUCUAGCUGGUCAUUCAGAUUUUCUGCCACGCCUUUACUUAGAUUAUUGCCCAGAAAGACCUAUUAUCUGCUCAAAAUUUGACUCAUUCCUUGGUGGGGAUACCACUAAAUCAUCAUGUAAUGGCAAUAGUAUAAAGAGCAAUUUGUAGCAAUAGCAAUUGAGCAGUUUGUAAUUUUCAUUUAAGGUUUACCCUAAACUGAAGAUAAUUUUAAAUGUCUCUAACCCAGGCUGAAUGGCACAUUAUAUGGUAUGUUGUUUAUAGUGUACAGAUAAGCAUUACCAAUUUUGUAUGUAAGAUGUAUUUUAUUUCAGGUCUAUUUUGUAUUGGAUUGGCUACUCUGCAUCUAAUUGUCCACCAAAUACAGAUUGUGA